UGGAUUCGUAAACAAAACCUAGAGAAUUAACUUUAUUGGAAGUUUCGAUGUCUUUGGACCUCCUUUCUAGGCUAAAAAAGUAUAUUCACGAUGAAGGAAACUCUGUGCUGAAUUCUAUAUAUACAGACUGUCAAAAUGCUGGGUUGUCUAACGCUGUCAAUCAUGUUAUUGAUACACUUCUAUUAGGGACUAGCUCUAGUUUCGACGAUGACUGCAUUGAAAAAUUGUUUGCGAUUUGUCUGCAUUUCUGCGACUUAUCUUCAUCUACGAAGAAUAAAAUCUAUGAUUUAUUGACGAGUAUUAUCGGUUCUGAAACAGCCGUGCUUGAAGACAUGAUCGUUGCAAAUGCUACAGAUUAUUUUGUUCCACAAACAAACUUGGAAUCUAUGGGAAUAGCUUUUCAGCUUACUAUCAAAUCCCUUUCAGAGAGUAAUCAACUCAGUAUCAUACAAGCUUCCUCUAGCAGCUCUAGGGAUAAAAAGAAAAAUAUAUCACAACAACAGAACUCUACUUGGAAUGGAUUGGCUCAUGUGAAUGCUUUCCUUGACUCUGUCAGUAAUCUUUUCCACAAAAAGCUAUCUCGAGUGUGGACAACGUCUUCUGAGAGGGAUAUGUUUCUUUCUCUCUUUCUAAAGCCAGUCUAUACUUUGAUGGAAAGCGAUAUUAAUAUCAAAAACAGCGCUUUAAGAGUGCGAAUUUUUGACCUUAUAAGUCUUGCCGUGAAGUAUCACCACCAAACUGCUGCUGCCGAAACCAGGAUUAUACAAAGUCUUCAAUAUUUUGAGCAUUUAGCUGAAUAUUUAGCAGAUUUAGUCCAUCUUACUACAGCAAGAUACGAAUUUUCUCCUUUGGCUGAAGGUAUUCUUCAUACCCUUUGUUCUUUGGAAUUUAGUGAAAACGACGUAAAAGGACCUAAGCAAGUAUCUCUCUUUCUAAUCCAUCUCUCUUCUUUAUUGCCGAAUUUAUGUUUUAAGCAAUUAACUUUGUUGUCAAAGUUAUUAGAUUCUGAAUCCUACACGCUUAGAUGCGCCAUUGUUGAAGUGAUCGGGAACGUUAUUCUCGACCUCAUCCAGGAUGAUUCAGAAGAAGAUAAUACUGAGUCAAUUUCAUCGAACGUCCAAAGUAUCCUCGAAGUUUUGGAGGACAGAUUAUUGGACAUCAGUCCAUAUUGUCGUACAAAAAUCCUUCAAGUAUUUGUUCGUAUUUUCGAGUUACCUAUCAAGUAUCCUCAAAAGCGACAAGCAAUUGCUGAACUUACUAUUCGUUGUAUGCAGGAUCGUUCCAGCCAUGUCCGAAGAAACGCAAUUCGACUCUUCUCAAAGCUAUUAACCACUCAUCCAUUUUCUGUAAUGCAUAAUGGUUUACUUACAAGAAGUGUAUGGGAAGAGGGUCUCAAUUUUGUUGAAGAGCAGUUGCGUUCAUUACAACCGAAACGCAUCGUCACAAGCACUGAUUAUGAAAGUAGUGUUGAUGAAAAUUUACUCGAAGAUGCUACUAUGAUACGUGAUGAAGAGGAUAAUGUAUCUAUGGAUUUAGAAAGCAGUCAAGAAAAAGAUUCAUUGAAUGCUUAUGCUGAUUCUGUUCCUGCCGAAGAUAUCGUCAAAAUAAACUUAACCAAACGCUUUUAUGUUGAAGCACUGAAGUUUAUAGAUACCUUGGAAGAAGGCGCAAAAAUAAUCAGUCAACUUUUAUCGGCGAAAAAUAAGAGCGAGGUUAUUGAAGCUAUGGAUUUUUUUGUUUGUUGCAGUUCCUUCUAUCUAUCUUUUGCGAAAAAAUAUAUUAAACGUAUGAUUCACUUGAUAUGGGUGAAAGGGACUUCUGAUGAAGGUAAUAGUAUACAAAAUCAUGUUUUAAGCUGUUAUAAAACAUUAUUUUUCCAACCCCCUCCUGGCAGCGAUGCGAAUGAUCGUGCCAACUAUAUGGCCAGGAAUUUGAUAGCUCUGACUUACGAUUCCAGUCUUGCUGAAUUAACGUCACUUGAACAAAUGCUUUCCAUCUUAAUGAAGCAAGACUAUUUCCCACCGCUGGUUGUUACUAAACUAUGGCAAGUUUAUAGUUAUGUAAAGAAGGAUAUUUCAAGGACGCAACGUCGUGGUGCGAUAAUUGUUUUGAGUAUGCUUGCACUCGGCAAUAACGAGAUUAUUAUUCAAGGUUUGGACUACUUGGUUCAAAUUGGGCUUGGUGUUCCUGGCUUGGACGAUUUAGUCCUUGCUCGAUACAGUUGUAUAACCAUUAAAAGAUUAGCAAAAACUUCUUCCACUUCUUCAGCUAUUACAUUCCCGAAUUCCCAUGUUGUCUGUCAGAAACUUUGCAUGCUCCUGUUGAGACCUUCGACAUCUGAUGAAUGGUUUGGGCUUCAAGAGCAGGUUGUCGACGCCAUUUAUGCAAUUUCGAAACACCCUGAUGAACUUUGUACAAACGUGAUUAUUUUACUAACCAAAAAUUUAUUUGAUGGAACGAAAGCAGCUGAGCACAAUAACGAGGAUGCCAUGGACGAAGACGUCAAUAUACCAGAACAGGAGAAAAAUGCUUCUACACAGUUUGCUCAUCUUAUAUUUGUUGUUGGGCAUGUUGCUAUUAAACAACUUGUUUACAUUGAGUACUGCGAAGCUGAGUUCAAAAGAAGAAAAGCAGAUGCCGAGAAAAAUCCCACUGAAUCCAAUGAUAAAAGUGCUAACGAAUCCGAGUUUGAUUUAAUUACUGGUACAAGUGAAGAUGAUUUUGCCGAAGCUAUGACAUUCAUUCGUGAAAGAGAAUUGUUAUAUGGAGAAAAUUCAUUAUUGUCUCGUUUUGCUCCUUUGGUAGUAGAAGUUUGUUCACAUCAUACGGGAUCUCAUAAUGAUAGUUUGUUGGUCGCCUCUUCGUUGACAUUAGCGAAGUUUAUGUGCUUAUCAAAUAACUUUUGUAUGGAGAAUUUGCCAUUGCUUAUAACAAUAUUGGAAAAAUGCGAGAAUCCAUUAAUUAGAAACAACCUUGUCAUUGCCUUGGCGGAUUUGACAGUUUGCUUUAACCAUUUUAUUGAUGAAAUUUCCGAGUUUCUAUACCGAAGACUGUUGGAUCCAGAUCCAUCAGUGAAAAAAACUUGCUUCAUGACUCUUGCAUUCCUUAUUUUGGCUGGCCAAAUUAAAGUUAAAGGGCAACUGGGUAUCAUGGCACGGUCACUAGAGGACGAAGAUGCUCGAAUUGCUGAUUUAGCUAGGAUGUUCUUUACUGACUUUUCAGCUAAAGAUAACUCUGUGUAUAAUAAUUUCAUUGACAUUUUCAGUGUUUUAUCUAAAAGUUCUGAAGAUCAAGACGAGGAAGAUACGAAAUUUAAACACAUCGUCAGAUUCUUGAUGUCCUUUAUUGAAAAAGAGCGUUAUACGAAACAAUUAACAGAGCGUCUGGCUGCACGUUUACCUCGUUGCAAGAGCCAACGGCAAUGGAAUCAUGUUGCUUACGCACUUUCUUUAUUACCGCACAAGUCAGAUGAAGUGCAAAAGCAGUUAGAUGAUGGUUUUCGGACUUGAGUUUAAUAUGGAUAAAAGCAGAUAAUUUGGUCAUUAAUGACUUAUGUAUAGUAAUAUUAUAAAGAUUCGAUCUCUCGA